AUGGCUACGACAAAGUUUCCUACUCGUUGGAUCGAAACCAGCGACGGCUUCAUCCCAGCACCAGACAACCAACAGCCCACCAGUAUCCUCCACAAGCAAGUUCUCGACGCAGUCGAUGAAUUCAAGAUCACUUCCUUCGACGCAUGGGCCAUGGACCUGUGUGUCACCGUCGGCAAAACCUGCAAUGUCAUCACUUGGGAGUGCACGCCUGAUCCUACCAAGUUCAAGUUCGCAUUCGACUGGGGCCGCUCGAGAGAUGUUACGCUCUCCACUCGUGUCGACAAGGAUGAGGUUCAGGUCUACUUGGACAACAAAUGGACCGCCCUCACAGCCUUUCUCAACGAGGAGGUCAAGGCCAAUCCUACCAAUCCCAACCGCUGCUAUCACCUCAGCCCCGAGAAUAUGACCAAGGAGAUCGUCAAAGUCCAGUCUGACUGGUGGUCAAACAACAAGAAGAAAUUUCCUUUCUUCGACUUGCCCGGCGAGCUGAGAAACGAAAUCUACCGACACGCAGCCCCUCAAGAUGCCAUUGAGCCAUACGCAGCUUACCGUGGCCGCAGCAAUGGUAUGCCAUGGGUCAGCUACCGCAACGAGAUGGUAUCGAACCUGCUCAAGUGCAACAAGGUCGUGGCUCGUGAGAUGCGCAGUUACAUGUUCCUCCGCCUUCCUCUACUCCUCACACACCAACGCUUGCUCAAGAAGACGCUUCGUGAGAACACAUUCUUCCCCUUUGAAGAGCUUACCCGCCUCACUCUAUCCUUCAACAGUCACUAUGAUUUGAUCAAGCUCUUCGGUCUCCGCGCCAGAAGCACACUCACAGGCAACAUCAUCGAUGUGAUUGGCAGCCAACACGCGCCUCUGGCUUUGUCCCGCAGCAGACUUCCCGCCAUCAAGAAACUCGAGAUCGUCAUACCCUCUCGCGACACCCUCAACAACGUAUCCUUCCUGUCCGGAGGUUGCCAAACCGACACGACCACCAUGUUGCUUGAGAUUAUGGAGCCGUUCAUCAAGAACCAGCCUCUGGUCCUCACCGGCAUGAUCAAGAAGUGGCAGAAGAAGCUCUGGGAGGCAAAGGCUGCUCAAGCCCACAAAGAGUAUGAGGAAAGCUGGGCCGACACCGAAGAGGGCGGCGUACCAGUCACCGACGAAGACAUCGCCAGAUACGAACGCGACAAUGAAGUGAAGGAGAACGAUGCAGAAGGCGAGAAUGGUGAGGGCAAGUGCGAUUCUGAACAUUGCGCCAACUGCGAUUCUCACCACGGCGAGAUCUCUUACUCCGACAAGGAAAAUGAUGAUGACGAUGAGGAGGAAGAGGGGGAGGAGUCUUUCGAAUACCACCUUCCAUUCGUCUGCCGUUGCCACCCUCCCUGCCUCGAGGGCGAGUGGACCGACGCAGACAACGUCAAAGAUCGUGAGGAAGGCGCAUCCGGCCAGGAAGUCGGAAAGGAUGGCAAGGAAAGCCAGUAAAGGAAUACGACGAGGGAAGAACAAACAAUUUGCAAUGUUCUGCGAGGAAGGAGCGAGCGAGCGAGUUGGAUCAAAUGAGAUCCACAAUCGACGGCGUUUUGGGAAAAGGGCGUUUUUGCGUAUUUGCAUUUUUGAUGUUUUUUUGAAAUUCAGGAAAGAAGGGAGCCGGGUCUUGGGUAUCCGGCAAGAACAAAC